AUGGCGUUCACCAGGCAGGUCUGGUCGUUGGUCAAAAAGAACUUCCUGCUUGCGCUGGUUCGACCAUACAUUACAACGCCACUGCGAGCUUUCGUGCUGCCAGUCAUUUUUAUUGCUUUCUUAUCGUUCGCUCGAAACUCAUUUGUCGUUCCAUCAAAAUAUGGAAUUGCACCGUCUACUCCCAUUUUGCCCCUUGACGAGGCCCUGAAGGCGGUUUCCUCUUCACGGACAAAUGUGGUCUUUGUCAAUAAUGGCUUCGAAGAUGGUGACAUUGGCAGGGUCAUCGAGCGGGUUUCCAUGCCGGUCCGUGCAAGCGGCAAAACGGUUACCGUCUUGUCGUCGACAAAUGCCGUCCAGGACGUAUGCAAAAGCUCAAUUUUGGGCACGAGUUCCUGUGUAGCCGUAGCCGUCUUUGCUUCCUCCCCAACUGAGGGGAAUGGUGGCAGAUGGAACUACACCAUCAAGGCGGAUGGGGCUCUCGGAAAGAACAUCGAUGUCGAAUCGACUACCAACGAUGCCCAGACGUAUAUCCUCCCGUUCCAACAUGAAAUUGACUGGGCCAUUGCUUCUGUCAAUGGAACUCAUGGCCCAGUUGGCAAGCAGGUCUUUCAAUACCCAUACACAUCAAAAUCUGAAGAGGAACGGAUCAAGGAUAACCGUAUCAGAUAUACUGGAACCAUUAUCAGUAUUCUGGGUAUCGCAUUCCUCGUGGGUAGCAUCGGCAUUACCUAUCAGUUAACCGGUAUCGUUGCAACUGAGCGAGAGUUGGGACUCUCCCAGCUCAUUGACUGCAUGAUCCCAACCACGAGCCCUUGGAAGUCUCAAGCUGCACGCUUCCUUUCCGUUCACCUCGCCCUUGACCUUAUCUACCUUCCGGGAUGGAUAGCAAUGGCUAUAAUACUAAAAGCCGUUGUGUUUACUAAAACCUCUGUUGGCAUCCAGAUCAUCUUCCAACUCCUGUCCGGCCUAUCCCUAGCAUCAUUUGCAUUGUUCGGAGCGUCUUUCUUUAAAAAGGCACAGCUAAGUGGAAUUACGGUCGUUAUCGCUUCCCUAGGGCUCGGUAUCAUUGCUCAAGUCGUCCAUCCUUCCAGCUCUGCUGCUGUUGCAAUAUUGUCCCUUCUUUUCCCACCCAUGAACUUCAUCCACUUUGUCGUUUUCAUGGCAAGAUGGGAGCGGCAAGACCAAGCAACCAAUCUCGUGAAGAGCGCUCCAGAAAGCCCUUGGAGCAUCCCCGGUAUCGUCCUUUGGAUAUUUGCUAUAAUCCAUAUCAUACUCUUCCCCAUCCUCGCUGCCGUUGUCGAACGUUUGCUCCAUGGCACCGGGUCUAAAUGCAGAAAAAGCAUAAGAUCGGAUUUGGCGCCCUAUGCCGUUAUCCUCAAUGGUUUCACAAAGGAGUAUAAACCAAGCUGGUUCCAUAGAACAAUCGCGCCGAUAUUCGGAAGCCGACGUGAAACUGUUUUGGCUGUCGAUAACCUUAAUCUUAAUGUUAACAAGGGAGAAAUUAUGGUUCUUCUCGGGGCGAACGGCAGUGGAAAAUCAACUACCCUUGACGCCAUAUCAGGAGUUUCAAAGACUACAUCCGGUGAAGUUUCUGUGGCCUACCCAGAACAUGCUGGUGGGUUUGGCAUGUGCCCACAGAAGAAUGUUAUCUGGGAUAAGCUUACAGUUCAAGAGCAUAUUUCAAUCUUCAACGGCCUAAAGACACUCGGCAAGGCAGAUAGCAAAGCUGACAUUGCUGAACUUGUAGCCGCUUGUGACCUUGACAAGAAGUUGAAUGCUCGUGCCGGAACUCUGUCUGGUGGACAGAAGAGGAAGCUACAAUUGGCCAUGAUGUUUACUGGUGGAUCUUCUGUUUGCUGCGUUGAUGAAGUUUCAUCUGGCCUUGACCCUAUCUCUCGACGAAAGAUCUGGGACAUUCUCCUGGCUGAACGUGGGAAACGAACCAUCUUGCUAACCACUCACUUCCUUGACGAAGCCGAUGUUAUCGCAGAUAGCAUUGCCAUCUUAUCAAAGGGCGUUCUUAAGGCGGAAGGUUCUAGUGUUGAGCUCAAGCACAAGCUUGGAUCUGGCUAUAGAAUAUAUGUCUACCAGGGGCUUACAUCCGAAAAGCUUCACUUGCCAGAGACAUUGCGGACUGAAAUUCUACACGACCAGGUUAUCUAUACCGUUGCGGAUUCCUCGCAGGCAGCUAGGUUUGUUAACCAGUUGGAAGAAAAUGGAAUCACUGAGUACCGUGUCAGUGGCCCGACCAUCGAGGAUGUUUUUCUAAAGGUCGCUGAGGAAAUCUAUAAGGAAGCCGAAAACUGGGAAGAUGACGGAAAGACUGGCAAGGGAUCUGACCAAACACCGCAUCUCCUUACAGGCCGUCGUAUCGGCAUGGCCCGGCAAGCCUGGGUCCUCCUUUGCAAAAGAGCCACCAUCCUUCGCCGGAAUUACUUCCCAACCAUCGCCGCAUUCCUACUCCCCAUUAUCGCUGCCGGACUGGUAUCUCUCCUCAUGAAAGACUAUGAACUUCCAGUCUGUACCGGACCGGCCGCAUUUUCUCAAUCAAACGUCAACUCCAUCUUGAACCAAGUGAAGCUGAAAUUGGUAAUUGGGCCCAGUAGCAAGCUUUCGGCAGGGAGUCUACUGUCACUUGGCGGAGGGAUAGGAGGCGCCGGCGGUGGUUCACUGCCAGCCAAUGUUACAGACGCUUUGCGAGAGGGCACUCACAUCGUGAACUCUCUUAAGGAAUUCAACGAUUAUAUAGCCACAAACUUCCGAAACGUUACUCCAGGUGGAUUCUAUCUUGGAGAUGAUACUUCGCCGCCGACAUUUGCAUGGCAAGGCAGUUCUGGCCCUGCAUUGGCCUCGAUUCUGCAGAAUCAGAUGAACAACCUUUUGAAUAACGUUUCCAUCUCUACCCAGUACCAGAUUCUUGAAGUCCCAUGGAUAUCAUCAGCUUCAAGUACGCUCCAGCUUGUUAUAUACUUGGGUCUUGCUUUAUCCGCCUAUCCAGCGUUCUUUUCCCUCUAUCUUACUAUCGAGAAACUUCGACAUGUCAGAGAUCUGCACUACAGCAAUGGAGUUAGAAGUCUUCCGUUAUGGCUGUCUUAUCUGUCGUUUGAUUUUGGUAUUGCCCUGACAUCGACUGUUAUAAUGGUGGUAAUAUUCAGAGCCGUUUCCGCUAGUUGGUACCAUCUGGAGUAUCUCUUUGUUGUCUUCCUCCUUUACGCCAUCACGUCGACCUUGUUCGCUUAUAUCAUUUCGGUGUUUGCCGCAUCCCAACUUGCUGCCUUUGCCUUUGCUGCCGGAGGUCAAGCGAUAUUAUUCCUUGUUUAUCUGAUUGCAUACAUGUCUGUCGUCACCUACGCCCCUACAGACCAGGUACAAAAUCUCCUAUUAGUCGUCCACUUUGCCAUUGCUGCCAUAUCGCCCAUUGGCAAUGUGAUCCGUGCCCUCUUCGUGGCGCUGAAUGUCUUCUCCACUAUUUGCCGGGACAAAGAGAUAGUCAGUUACCCCGGAGACAUUACCGCAUACGGUGGUCCUAUUCUCUACCUCAUUUUGCAGGCAUUGGUAUUAUUCGGUGUGCUUUUGUUCUGGGAUUCUGGCCUGUCCUUCCGCCGCUUCACUAAAAAGAAGCAAUCUGACAGAGAGAAAGAAGUCAGCGGUGACCCAAACCUUGGAAAUGAACUUCAACGUGUGUCAAGUUCCAAUGAUGGCCUUCGUGCUGUCAACUUGACCAAAUCAUUUGGAAAGUUCACAGCGGUCGAGGAUGUAACCUUUGGAGUACCCCGAGGCGAAGUAUUUGCACUCUUAGGCCCUAAUGGAGCUGGGAAAUCCACCACUAUCAGUUUGAUCCGAGGAGACAUCCAACCGUCUAACAGCAAUGGAGAAAUAUUUAUCGAAAAUAUACCUGUUACUACACAACGAGCUACUGCCCGAUCCCACAUGGGUGUUUGCCCACAGUUUGAUGCUAUAGAUCAACUGACCGUGUUGGAACACCUUCGAUUUUACGCGCGCAUUCGUGGUAUUCCCGACGUCGAGCACAACGUACGUGAAGUCAUCCGUGCUGUUGGCCUGACACCAUAUGGGAACAGGAUGGCCAUGCAACUUUCUGGCGGAAACAAGAGAAAGCUGUCUCUCGGAAUCGCUCUAAUGGGCAACCCGACAGUACUACUACUAGAUGAACCGUCAUCCGGUAUGGACGCUGCUUCAAAGCGAGUUAUGUGGCGCACUCUCGAGUCCGUUGUCCCUGGCCGAUCGUUAGUCCUGACAACGCAUUCCAUGGAAGAGGCAGAUGCACUCGCUUCCCGCGCUGGUAUUAUGGCCAAAAGAAUGCUUGCCAUUGGCACCACCGACGACCUACGCCGCCGCCAUGGUAAUGCAUAUCACGUCCAUAUCGUUCAUAAGAAUGCACCGCAUACCUCCAUGGCAGACAUGGAAGAAAUUCGUGAUUGGGUCGUAAGCACACUUCCUGGUGCAUCUGUUGAGCGAAAGACGUACCACGGACAACUGCGAUUCAGCCUUAGCAACUCAUCUUCCCUCUCAAACAAGGGUACAUCGCAUUCACCAAUGCACCAACCGGAUGAAGACGACAAUAUCUACACAGACUCUCCAGUGACCAGAUGGAGCAAUGAAGACAAUGAUAGUGGGGAAAUCAGUACCAGCAGGCUGUUUUCGCUUCUCGAACAGAGCAAGGAGAUACUUGGUUUUGCUUAUUACUCCGUCAGCCAAACUACUCUUGACCAGGUGUUUUUGACCAUAGUUGGAGAGCAUAACAUCAAGGAGGAAGGAGAGUAA